AUGGGAAGAGCUGCCCAGAAAACCCUCCUCUCUUUACUCUGCAUAACUGCAGUGGUUUGUGCAGAUAAAGACACCUGCCCAGAUGUAAGAAUAGUGGGUCUCAGUGGUUCUGAAAAACUUACCGUUCUCCAGGGCUGCCCUGGGAUUCCUGGAGCUGCAGGUCCCAAAGGAGAACCCGGAGUUGCGGGAAUGAAAGGUAUGUUCCCAGAACGGGGAACUCAGGGGAUUCCUGGAAAAGUGGGACCUGCUGGGAUGAAAGGAGAAAAGGGAGAUGCUGGCCGCACUGGACUGAAAGGAGAUAAUGGAGCCCCUGGAGCCUCAGCAACAAUAGGCGAGAAACAGCUGGACGAUGCCCUGUGCAGGAAAGGAGCACGGGACUGCAAGCAGCUGUUAAGCGAAGGGAAUUCUCUGAGUGGCUGGUACACCAUUUUUACGCAGGACUGUGUUGCCAUGACUGUGCUGUGUGACAUGGACACGGAUGGCGGAGGAUGGAUUGUUUUCCAGAAACGGGUGGAUGGUUUGGUGGAUUUUUUCCGCGAUUGGAAUUCGUACAAGAGAGGUUUUGGCAGUCGGCUGUCAGAAUUCUGGCUGGGGAACGACAAUAUCCACCUGCUGACGUCAAUUGGAACCCAUGAACUGCGCAUUGAUCUCAGGGAUUUUGAAGACAACCGUGUAUUUGCCAAGUACAAGUCAUUCAAAAUAUUAGGGGAGACUGAGAAAUACAAGCUGAUCCUUGGAGACUUUCUUGGUGGGACUGCAGGGGAUUCUCUAUCGGUUCACAAGGGCAUGGCCUUUUCAACCAAGGACGGUGACAAUGAUCAGAGCACAGACAACUGUGCUACAGCCUACCUGGGGGCCUGGUGGUACAAUGGAUGUCAUCACUCCAACCUGAAUGGGUUUUACUGGCGGGAGAGACAAGAGAAGCAUGCUACUGGCAUAAACUGGUUGGCAGGAAAAGGUCAUGGCUAUUCCUAUAAGUUCUCUGAAAUGAAAUUUAGGCCGGUUUAG